UUUUGGCCAAACAGCACAAUAGUGUGGUAUCUGACAAGGGUGCAUCUUCUAAGAAGAAGAGCAAGAAGUCUACACGUGCUUCUCGUAGGAAGACUCGUGGUAAGAAGAAGGUGGUGGCAGAGGUUAAAAAUGAUGAUAUUGAAGUUGAAGAAGAGGAAAUACCCAAGCGAAAUAGUACCUAUGGCCUGCUUGUUGGUCCAUUUGGUUCAAUAGAGGACACGAUUUUGGAGUGGAAUCCCGAAAAGCGGUCAGGAACCUGUGAUAGAAAAAGUCAGUUUGCACGUCUUGUUUGGUCUAGGAAGUUUGUGCUGAUACUCCAUGAACUCUCUAUGACUGGAGCUCCACUUGCCAUGUUGGAAUUGGCUACGGAGCUUUUGAGCUGUGGGGCCACAGUUUAUGUAGUACCUCUCAGCAAAAGAGGGGGUUUAAUGUCAGAACUAUCUAGAAGAAAGAUCAAAGUGCUAGAAGACAAAUCAGACAUCAGUUUCAAAACAGCCAUGAAAGCAGAUCUUGUUAUUGCAGGUUCUGCAGUGUGUGCAUCAUGGAUAGAACAAUAUGCUGCACGUACUGUGCUAGGUUCAAGUCAAAUUACUUGGUGGAUCAUGGAAAACCGACGGGAAUACUUCGAUCGGGCUAAACUCGCUUUCAACCGAGUGAAGAAGCUUAUCUUUCUUUCUGAAUCACAGUCUAAGCGCUGGUUAGCUUGGUGUGAAGAAGAACAUAUAAAGCUCAAAACUCAGCCUGCAUUGGUUCCACUUUCCCUUAGUGAUGAACUGGCUUUUGUAGCAGCUAUUCCAUGCUCACUGAGCACUCCGCUGUUCAGUCCUGAGAAGAUGCUGGAAAAGAGGCAGCUGCUAAGAAAUUUUGUGAGGAGAGAAAUGGGGUUGACAGACAAUGAUAUGCUUGUUAUGUCCUUGAGUAGUAUAAACCCGGGAAAGGGUCAGUUUCUGCUUCUUGAAUCUACGCGUUUGCUGAUUGAGGGAGCUCCUCCUCUAAAUGGAUCGGCUGUUAAAAGACAAGAUUAUCACAAAAGGACAUUGCUUCGUAAUUGGAAACAAUUUGGUGAAUGGAAAAACGAAUCGUCCACCUUGUCAAAUAACCCAAACACAGAAGUGUUGCAGCUACCCCAGCUUUUCAGUAAGGGGAUUAACUAUAAAGCUGGAAUUGGAAAUGAUAGAGGAACUCGAAAGCUUUUCGCCCUAACUGAAAGGAAGCAGGGAGAAAAGCUUAAGGUUCUUAUUGGGUCAGUUGGAUCCAAGAGCAAUAAGGUGCCUUAUGUUAAAGCGCUUCUCAACUUUCUAAAUCAGCAUUCUAACUUGUCAAACACAGUACUGUGGACUCCAUCAACCACUCGUGUCGCUGCACUUUAUGCUGCUGCAGAUGCUUAUGUAAUGAAUUCUCAGGGACUUGGAGAAACAUUUGGGAGAGUAACAAUUGAAGCAAUGGCAUUUGGUCUUCCUGUGCUGGGAACAGAGGCUGGAGGCACAAAGGAGAUCGUGGAACAUAACGUGACAGGUCUUCUUCAUUCUUUGGGACGUCCAGGCGCUCAAGUUCUCGCCCACAAUCUUCAGUAUUUGCUGAACAACCCAUCGGAAAGGCAGCGAUUGGGAAGCAAUGCAAGAAAGAAGGUAAAAAAUAUGUACCUAAAGAAGCACAUGUACAAGAGAUUCGGACAAGUACUAUACGACUGCAUGAGAAUUAAAUAAGACUUAGAUUGUUGAAACAUUUUUCCAGUAUUGUUGUUUCCUCUCUCUACACUAGAAUCAGCCUUUUGUACAGUAUGAAAUCUAGUAGUGUCUACUAAUUAAUAGAGAUCCCAACCCCCUUUUUUUUUUGCUGUUUA